GGAGGGAGGGAGGGACAGAGAACUGGAGAGGCUCAAGAAAGACGAAAACGGUAGCCGCCUCUGGAGGAAAUCAUUGUGAAGGGGCCUCAUAGCGGGAGGAAGCGAGCUAGGAGGCAGGCAGAUAAGCAGCGGUUCUAUGGCUCAGUCGGCUGCUAACGGUGUGGACCAGGAUCUGGCCAGCAAGAGGCUGCACUCCAGGAUGGAAGCGUCUUGCUUGGAGUUGGCCUUGGAAGGAGAGCGGCUGUGCAAGGCUGGAGACUUUAAAGGGGGGACAGCGUUUUUUGAGGCAGCCGUACAGGUCGGCACAGAAGACCUGAAGACCCUCAGUGCCAUCUAUAGCCAGCUGGGCAAUGCCUACUUCUACCUCAAGGAGUAUGGCAAAGCCUUAGAGUACCACAAACACGACCUUACCUUGGCCAGAACAAUAGGAGACAGAAUUGGAGAAGGAAAAGCCAGCGGAAACCUUGGCAACACAUUAAAAGUUCUGGGGCGCUUUGACGAGGCUGUUGUGUGCUGUCAAAGACAUCUGGAUAUUUCUCAAGAGCAGGGUGACAAGGUUGGAGAGGCCAGAGCACUGUAUAACAUAGGGAAUGUGUUUCAUGCGAAGGGUAAACAGCAGUUGUGGGGCUGCACCCAGGAACCAGGGGACCUUCCUCCUGAUGUCAGGGACACACUGCAAAGGGCUACCGGCUUUUACGAGAUGAACCUGUGUUUGGUCAAAGAACUUGGCGACCGAGCUGCUCAGGGGAGGGCCUACGGGAACCUGGGCAACACCCACUAUCUGCUGGGGAAUUUUGUCGAAGCAAUCAAGUUCCACCGACAGCGAUUAUCCAUUGCCAAAGAAUUUGGGGACAAAGCAGCAGAACGGCGAGCCUACAGUAACCUAGGCAAUGCCCUGAUAUUCCUGGGCCAGUUCAACACAGCCACAGAGUACUACAGAAAAACUUUGCAACUAUCCAGGCAGUUGAGGGACCAGGUGAUGGAGGCUCAGGCCUGUUACAGCCUGGGAAACACCUACACUCUUUUGCAGCAGUAUGAGAGGGCCAUAGACUACCACCUGAAGCACCUCUACAUUGCCCAGGAGCUUACUGAUAGGGUUGGUGAGGGCCGUGCUUGCUGGAGUCUGGGAAAUGCAUACGUGUCUUUAGGGAACCACAAACAAGCUCUCCACUAUGCCCGAAAGCACCUGGACAUCUCUAAAGAAAUUGGAGACAGAAAUGGGGAACUGACAGCCAGAAUGAACGUGGAGCAGCUGAUGGAGGCUCUGGGGGUCAAUGAGAGUGACCUUUCACCUUCCAGUUCAGAGUUUGAGAUGCAAGGAGCAAGACCCAAAUUCACCAAGAGAAACAGCAUGGACAGUGUAGAACUGUGGAAGUACUCCUCAGAUAAGAAUGGUGAGAACCAAGACUUGGAAAGCAUACCCAGGAGAUCCAAGAGUCAGCUUUCACAGCCUGGUAAAAGGAAAGGCUAUCCCGACAGUCAGUCAUCAGAUGAAAGGCCGUGGCUGGACUCUCCCAUAGACACUGAUGACAUCACUGUGCAAGUCCCGCCUCCAGUGCCAAAGCUGGGCCGUGACCCCUCCGAUGAAGACUGCUUCUUUGACCUCCUCAGCAAAUUCCAAAGCAGCCGCAUGGAUGACCAGCGCUGCCAUCUUGAUGAGCCACAGAACGGAGACAACGGAGAAGGUGCUGCAAACUCCAUGCCGUCCCUGAACGACAUGAUCGAUCCCUCAAUUACCACUUCGCCCCAGACUGAGGAGCUGUUUGAUUUGAUUGCUAGCUCUCAGAGCCGCCGUCUUGAUGACCAGCGGGUCAAUGUUGGUAAUCUUCCAGGCCUGAGGAUUACCCAUAACAACCUGGGACACCUGGUAGGUGAAGGAGAUCAUCAAGAACCCAGUGAUGACUUCUUCAACAUGCUUAUUAAGUGCCAGUCCUCCAGGAUUGAUGACCAGCGGUGCUCUCCGCCAGAGGCCGGUCCACACGCCCCCACAGUGCCUGAUGAAGACUUCUUCAGUCUAAUACAGAGGGUGCAGGCCAAGCGCAUGGAUGAGCAGCGCGUCCAGCUGCCCACAGAGGACCAGGACAGCCCUCAGUCCCCUGACCCAGAGCCACCUGGUGGAUUUUCCAGCUAGGACUCGGUGAAUAAUACUGCACAAUGUUAUGUCAGAGAAAGCACAAGGAAUGAAAGAAGGAUGAGCCAACAUUUAAAAAUAGCACUUGAGGCUGAACUAACAUGAUUUUUAAUAACAAGACAAAUUCCAUGUGCAAUAGGUGGUGCCCUGUCAAAUGUUGCUCAGUGUAUUAUGUUCUAAAUGUGUGUAAAUAUAACAGGAAAACAAGCAGAAUUUAAGCUUGGUGGUAUGAAGAAGAAGAAGAAGGAGUUUGAGGUGACAUGAUUGCAAACAUGAAAUAUGUACUCAAUCUAAUGCCUUAAUCAGCAUUUUUCAGACUCAAGAUUGUAUUCCCUGGUGUCAGAUGUGGUUUUUAGAAGCACAUUAUGGGCAUACAGCAUAAUAUAAAUGAUUAAUGUGGAGACGUACCAUGUGAGUUGUGGAAACCACAAAAGAUUUAAUGAUAGAAACAGAGUUGAUGAACGUAUAAGAGAAAUGAUAGAUUUGCACUGAAAUCUUAACCUGGAAUCUGAUCAUCAAUGUUUCAGUUCAGUUAAACUCUCAUCACUGCUGCUUUUAUCAGUCAGUCUCUUUGCGGUUUCCCCUGCUCAUAGAAAACUGGUGUUAUUUGUGCAGUAACAGUAUUAGGGAUGGCUUCCAGUGUUAAACAAACUGCUUUGGUCAGUUUAAACGUUCUACUAAUUGAUAAACAUGCUUCAUUUUUUGAUGACAAAGUAUGAUUGACUUAAAUUGACAGACCGACCGAAGUAUGACUUUACACAUAAAUGUAGUUUAUGUGCACUUAAGUUAUGCAUUUACAUAAUGCAUCAGUCUCUUCACAGAGUGUGCAGUAACCAAAGUUACUGAGCAAAUGAUAUGAAAUAGCUGCUUAUUUUAUAGAUUGAAGAUUAAAGUUGUGUGAUAAUUCAAGCUCCAGUUAAUGUUUCUGCUUGGCUUUUAAAGUGAUGCUAUCUGCUGCCCAUACUGUUCUGAACAUCUGAUAACAGACUACUACUUACUGCCAUUAUUAUUAAUUAACAUAGAAACAGAAGCACAUGGAUAAGAUGGAUGUGCUUCGUAUAUUUUGAAGAAUCUAAAACCCUGAACAAUAUUGAGUUCUAGGUUGUGGUGCUGGUACAGUGCCUCCCUGUGGUCAAAAUGUUGUAUUACCUCUAAACUACAGGGUGCAUUCAGUUGGGGAUAAAAGGCAUUCCCUUCUUGAAUAUUUGGAGGAUCACUGUAAUUAUGAUAUUCUGCUCCAUGUAUGACAAUUAUGAGAACUUUCCCCUGGUUUCAACAACAAAGUUUUGCGAACUUGUGCCACAAAUGUGCAGAUUUCUGCAGAAGAACAGUCGAAAUGAGGCUGAAGCUGUUGCACAUUUCUACCCAUUUGUUGCUAUGAAAGCAGGAAAAGGAAAAACUGCACAAAGGAAAUUUUAAUUGGCCAAGAGUUUGAAACAUUUUGCUGUACAGAGCAAAAAAUAUCUGAUCUUAUCUAUGGGCUUGCUUUUUUUUUUUUUUCCAAAAGUAGUGUUUACCUCAUUUUUGUACCUCAAACCUUA